AUGUCGAAUCUGCUGCAGGACAAAGUGGUCUGCAUUACUGGCGCGUCCCGUGGCAUCGGACGAGCUUGCGCGGUGGAAUCCGCCAAACAAGGCGCAAGAGGCUUGGUUCUUCACUAUCUCGGAGAUCCGGAGACAGAGGCAGAGGUCCAGUCGCUCAGGGUAUAUGUCGAGACAUUCAGCGAUGCAAAAGCUGCGGUGGUCUCGGGCGACAUAGCGAACCCCGAGACGUCGACCAAGAUCGUCGACGUCGGGGUAAAAACAUUUGGACGCAUAGACGUCCUCGUUAGCAAUGCCGGUAUAUGUCCGUUUGCAGAAUUCUUGACGAUGCCACAUCCCAUCUGGGAGCGAACUCGUCAGGUGAACUUGGAUGGGUCGUUCUUUGUUGUCCAGGCCGUAGCGAAUCAGAUGAAAGCUCAAGUUCCUCAGGGUGGGUCCAUCAUAGGCGUAUCCUCAAUUUCUGCUCUCGUGGGGGGUGAAUAUCAAUGUCAUUACACGCCGACGAAGGCGGCCAUUCUGUCGCUCAUGCAAAGCUGUGCAGUUGCGCUCGGCAAGUACAACAUUCGUGCGAAUGCAGUCCUUCCUGGUACAAUUGCAACGGACAUUAACAAGGAAGAUCUCUCGGACGUUGUGAAACGAGAGAAUAUGAUCAAGAGGACGGCUCUCGGAAGACUUGGGGUACCGGAUGAUAUUGCAGGCCCAGUAGUCUUCCUCGGGAGCGACUUGGCGAAAUAUGUUACAGGCGCGUCGUUACUCGUUGAUGGUGGCCUUUUCGUAAAUCUCCAGUGA